GGUCUGGAAAUGUUCGGGGGCGGCGUAGAUAUGUUAAGCAGGAACUUCAAAUACUAAAGACUAUUGUAUUUACACCAGUCACGAUGAGACGUAACUUAAUCACCGCUUAUAACGCUCUGUACAUAUGGUUCGUUAUUCUUUAACACAAACAAAUCUGGAAUUUAACAAAAUAUGCUGCGUCAUGCUGUCUUGCAUAUAUUGUUUACCUCCAUAAUGCCCUGUACAUUGGAUGCAAUAUCCUUUAACACGGAUCAAAACCGGAAUAUAGGUCCAACAUUGCAAGUCAUACAGGUAAUCUUAUCAACAAGCCCACCAAACCCCAAUUUUAAAUAAGAGUAACUAUAAAAGGGCAGGCUUGUUGUCAGAUUUGAUUAAUUUGUGGACAGACGACUAAAAACAGCACACAAUGGCUUACGAAGGUAAAGUUUACACGUUCGACAGGCAGGAGAACGUCGAUGAGCUCUUUAGGCGUAUGGGUGUCACUGAUGAGGAGGUGAUUAAGAAAUACGCGACAUUCAAGUCCACCGCCCAGUUGAAGAAGGAGGGAAACAAGUACAGAUACAUCACUAAGUCCUGUGAUGGCAACAACGAAGUCCUGUUCGAGUCUGGCGUGGAGGUCGACGAUGUAGGCCUGGGUGGUGUUCCGAUCAAGAGCGUGUACACAGUCAACGGUAACACAAUGACACAGGUUGUCAACGGCGGCAAAGGAAAUGGCGCCGUAAUUAGAGAAUUCAGCGAAGACCUCCUCAAAAUGACCUUAUCCUCUGAUUCGUCGGGCUUCGUCGCAUACAGAUACUACAAGGCUUAAUUUUAUUGUUAUGUAAUUUAUUGAUUGUUAUGAUAAAUAUAUUAUUUUAUAAUUAUUUA